AUGGAAUGGGUGAAGACUUCAGGACAGAAUGUGGCCAUGUUUCUCCUAGACUUCGAGAAAGCAUAUGACAGGGUAGAAUGGGGAUUCAUUCUGAUGCUGUUAGAAGCAUUUGGUUUUCCAACAAAAUUUUGCAAAUGGGUGAUGGUUCUCCUCAAAGAUACUUUGGCCCAGGUGGAAGUUAACAGCUCCCUAUCACAGGAUAUUACUCGGGGCAGAUCUAUUAGGCAGGGUUGUCCCCUAGCCCCUACACUAUUCAUUAUGGUAGCUAAUGCUUUGCUUUACAUUCUAAGGGACUCUACCAUCUCUCCUAAUAUUCAGGGGAUCAAACUUCUAAAUGGUGAGGAUCUGAUCAAUGCUCCAUUUGUUGAUGACAUGACACUCUUUAUAGAGAUUAGUAAACAGAAUAUGGAGGCCUUGGAAGGAAAAAUCAAAUUCCUAGGAGAAAUAUCUGGUGCUAAAAUCUCUUAG